ACCCUGUCGCCAUCAGAAAGCGACAGAGGAUUGCUGUGGUGCAUUCAAUUAUCGGACAGCUUGCUGUAGGCCAUACCACGGUUCAGGAGAUAAACGGCAGGGGACUGAGAUAGGUUUUGAAAUCACCAUCAAAUCACCAUUAACUAACUGGAUAUUACAUGUUAGUGUUUUGCGCCACAAUUUUCAGCAGUAUUAAGUUCUAGUGAGAAACCGUUUAGCUUUGCUAGCUGCUAGCUAGCGUCUCUUUACUUUACGUCACUUCCUAAUUUUGAAAAUCGCGGCCAGAAAGUAACGAAACAAGGAUGGAGUUACAAGUAGGAACUGAACCAAUGACCCUUGGCUCUCCUACCUCUCCCAAACCGACCUCUGGAGCUCAGUUUCUGCCAGGCUUCCUGAUGGGCGACCUUCCAGCUCCAGCUACCCCCCAGCCACGCCCCUUCAGCCUGACCACCCCGAUUGUGGAAAGCACAGUAGGAGGUGGAGGAGGCUCCGCCCCACAGCCUGUUGUUCCCACCCCCAAGGAUAAGAGUGGAGCUCCACCUGUUCGUAGUAUCCAUGAUGACCUGGUUACUGUGGCAACCCCCCUCAACACACACAGACAGUGUUUUCCAGUAAUGCAGUCUCCUCUCUCUGCACGUGGGGCCUCAACUCCAGGAACAGGUGUGCAACAGGUGUGCCUGUCUCCAGCUCAGGUGGAUCCCUUCUACAGUCAAGGAGAGUCUCUGUCAUCUGACGAUCAGUUGGACCAGACCUGGGUCACUGUCUUUGGUUUUCCUCCAGCCUCAGCCUCAUACAUCUUGCUGCAGUUUGCACAGUACGGAAACAUCCUUAAACACACGAUGGCUUCUCCUGGUAACUGGAUGCACCUUCAGUAUCAGUCCAGACUUCAGGCCAGGAAAGCUCUGUCUAAAGAUGGAAAAGUGUUUGGUGAUGCCAUCAUGGUGGGAGUCAAACCCUGCAUAGAGAAGAGUGUUAUGGACAGCAGUGUAGCCAUCCCUUCUCCUCUCUCCACCUCCUUCUCCUCCGUCUUGCCCUCCACUCCUCGCUCAGCCAUCAGACCACUCAGCGCUGCUUACAGGAACUCUGGCAGCGACUACCAGGUGGUUGCAGACAGACAGACACCCAGGAAAGACGACAGUUUUGUUUCCAAGGCAAUGGAGUACAUGUUUGGCUGGUGACAUUACACAGUGCAUUAUGGGGUACCUUCAGCCUCAGAGAGGAGUGUGGAAUCGCUGAACUGAUUGUGCGUGUGUGUGCGGGCGAGCGUGCGCUGAAGUGGAGGGUCUUUUUUUCUCUCCUUUUAUUAUCUGUAUUUUUUAAUGUAUUUGUCUCAAUAAAGUUUUCCUCCAAAGUUUGAAUUUAA